CUCUCCUGCUAUUGUUCAUAUUGUUGACCAUCACUGUCUGCACAAAAUGCAGAAUCCUUCUGUUGUGCUCCACGGCCCCGGAAAAGCAAGCAUAGAAGACCGCCCUCUUCCCCGGAUCGAGCGCGACGACGACGUGAUUGUUCGGAUUGCAUAUACUGGUGUCUGCGGGAGCGAUGUCCACUUCUGGGUCCACGGAGGCAUCAAUGCAGCCUCCUCCAUCUCUUCACCAUUGGUAAUGGGCCACGAAGCGUCAGGAAUAGUCCACGAGGUCGGGAAAGGCGUCACCUCCGUACGAAAGGGAGACGCCGUGGCCAUCGAACCAGGGUAUCCGUGUCGACGGUGCUUGUUCUGCAAAGAUGGCCGCUACAAUCUCUGUCGGAAGAUGAUGUUUGCGGCGGCGAAGCAGCCCAUGUGUGAUGGGACGUUGGCGCGGUAUUUUAAGAUCCCAGCCGACUUUGUCUACAAGUUAGACGAUGAUGGGGAGGAGCAGCAUAUUUCCUCUUCCUCUUCAUCUAAACUAAGUCUUCAAGAAGGAGUGUUGAUGGAACCGUUGGCGGUUGCCGUCCAUUCCGUGCGGGAAGUGGACGUCCGACCAGGUCAUCGCGUGCUGGUUCUCGGAGCAGGGUCGGUGGGAAUCUUCUGUGCAGCGGUGGCUAGAGAGUUUGGGGCUUCACAUGUCGUCCUCGUGGAUGUGAAUGAGAAGAAGCUGGUCUUUGCGAGGGACUUUCUCGGUGGAAGCGGUGCACGAAUCGACACUUUUGUUCCGGGCGAGGAUAUCGAGCAAAACGUCGACCAGUUGGUUCGUUUGCUCGAUGCUUCUGCUGGCUCUGCUGCUGGCUACGAUGUCACCAUCGAGGCAACGGGUGCUCAACCCUGUAUCCAGAUGGGAAUCCUUGCCCUGCGCCCACGCGGGGGAUUCAUUCAAACGGGCCUCGGACGUAAAACCGUCGAGUUCCCCAUCGCGGCCGUCUCGAUCGGUGAGAUCCAUGUCCGGGGCUGUUUUCGCUAUGGACCGGGUGAUUUCCAACUUGCCCUGCAGCUGGCUAGGGCGGGCAAGGUUCCAGUCAAGAAAUUGAUUAGCAGGGUGUUUCCCUUUGAGCAGACAACAGAGGCCUGGGAGAAUACGAGGAGGGGGGAGGGGAUCAAGAACUUGAUUCAAGUGGAUUAACUAUAACAGUCAUGCAUAAGGGUAUAUAUAGAACACUUGCCAGAACUCUAGUGACUAGGACCUCAAUGCCUAACACUCAAGAGUAGUUCUGCGUGCUCUUUUCAUACUCUGUCAAGAUUUUAGAGGACGUUGAAGUCUGACGUAGGUAGAAGAAUACAAGAUAUAUUAUAGACAGUAUAGAGUUUAGGAUGUAUUUUGAUAGCUGCAGAAUAUGGCUGACAAUAGAUAUUAUCCAUACCUAAUUACAUAGUUCCCUAGUAUCUUGUAGGUACGAGAGAUCUACUCAAGAAAUAAGGACUUUAUAGAAUAUAGAGAAUGAAAUAUUUGAAUAUCGAAUGGAAAAUAUCACGGUGGGAGGAAACUUCAAUCCUGGGGUUUCAAAAAAAA